AUGUUAGCAUUGACUACAAAAUUUGUGGCUUUCCUGCUUCAGUGCCUGAAGAAAAUCGAGCACAGAGAGGCUGUUGGAUUUCUCACUACACAUGUGAUGGAGCAGAUUGACAUCACACUCCAGCCACAGAGUCAGCGGGUACCAGAGGGAAGUCCCGUGGUUCUGAGCUGCAGAGCAGUUGGACCUAUGGACCUCACCUACCAGUGGUUCAAGGGCAAAGAUGAGGUGCCAGGAGGCAAUGGCCCAGAGCUGGUGCUGAAUCCUGUUAGUCCGGCUCAACAGGGCCCCUACAUCUGCCGUGUAAGUUCUGGGGACAAGUACGUCUUCUCCAACUGGGCCCAUGUGCGUCUAGUGAGGUCUGGAGGCGCAAGUGCAGGUUCCAGCUACUUCCCUUCAUCAGCUAGUGGGUUGUAUGUAACUCAGCAACCUAGGCCUCAAGUGUUGAUGGAGGGAGACACUCUCUAUCUCGAAUGUACUGCUCAGGCCAACCCUCCUCCCCAGUUCCAAUGGUAUCUUAACAAACAGCCAAUGCCAAACUGUACUAGAAGCAUCUUAAAGAUUCCAUGCAUAACCACAGCAGACAGAGGUACAUAUACUUGCAAGGUUUACAACCUCUAUCAUGAAGCGUGGAGUGAUCAGGUCCAAGUAAACAUCGGUCCUGGUUCCUUUUCUGAUGCUUCAUGGGAAGCGCCUAAAGUAGGUGCUCCUGAUGCAGGUCCAAGGCAAAUUGGUGAUUGUUGCGCCACUGAUAAGGUAGCACUGCUUAUUGGGAACAUGAACUACCUGCAUCACCGGCAGCUGAGAGCUCCCAUGGCAGAUGUGCAUGAGUUGACAAACCAUCUACGCCAGUUAGACUUUAAAGUCGUCUCUCUGCUGGACCUCAACUGGCAGGAGAUGCAUAGUGCUGUUACGGAGUUCUUGCUGCUGUUGGAUCGAGGGGUUUAUGGGCUGUUGUACUUUGCUGGUCAUGGCUAUGAAAACUAUGGGAACAGUUUCAUGGUACCCAUCGAUGCUCCAGCCUCUUAUACCUUCAAGCACUGCCUCUGGGUGCAGGAUGUGUUACAGCGCAUGCAAGAGCGCCAGACGGGACUUAAUGUCUUUCUAUUGGACAUGUGUCGGAAACGAAACCCAAAUGACGAAAGCAUCCCACAACCUGGCCCCUUGAGAGUGACAGCAAACAUAGUGUUUGGCUAUGCAACGUGUGUUGAUGCCGAAGCAUUUGAAGUAAAUAAAGACGAUCUCUCUAAUGGAAUCUUCAUGAGCUUCCUUAAGAAAAGACUGAUGGAGCCAGAGAAGGUCACGGUCAUACUUGACAAAGUAGCUGAAGACAUGGGAAGGUGUGAAAUCACUCGUGGUCGGCAGGCUCUAGAGCUGCGCAGUAAUCUCUCGGAGCGUCGUGCCCUGACAGACAGCAUUCAGGCUCCAGCAUGCCAAGUCACAGCGUCAACGCGAAACUUACAGUGGGCCAUCGCUCAUGUCCUCCCAGAGAGCUGCUGUCUUCAGUUCGAAUGUGGUGUCAAGGUACAGCUAGGUUUUGCUGCAGAGUUCUCCAAUAUCAUGAUCAUCUACUCUCGGAUAUUGGAGACUCCUAAAGACAUUUUGUCCUGCUCUGCUCAGCUCUCUGAUUUUACAGAGGGUCCUGAAGUAGACCUGAAGCACAGCAAUCAGGAGAGUCUUCGCGAGGCUGGCAGCUUACUACUGUCCAUGGAUGAUCUACUGCCUCUGGAACAGCCUCAGCUCUUCACUCGUAUUAGUGCCCUGCAAAGGCUCAAGAAAGAGCUCUCGUUUACUGUUUGUAUACACUACAAGUACACUAAUCUGGAUGAAGAGGUCUUGGAAGAGCAAAGAGUCAGUGUAGGCAAACCAUUAGUGUCAAAACUCAACCUCCACGAGCCACGACUCUCUCACACCUCCUCCUCUGACCGACAAAUCUCCAGUAUAAUGGAAUCUUCAUCCUUCAGUGAAAGCUUCAGAGCUAACCUGCCCAACUUAAACCCUUCCUCCAUCGGAUCUGCAUCUACAUCCUGGUCCUGCUAUCAAGGACCCAUGGAAUCACCCACAUUUUCUAGCUUAAAGAAUGAACCAGAGGAAACCAUAUGUCCUGAGUUCCUUGAAGCCGAAGAACCUCUCGCCAUCAAGAGUUUGCCUAGCGCCUCUUCUCAGGAGCUCCCAUUUAAAUUUAGCAACUUACCAAAUUCCAUUUAGCAAGAAAGUGUUCAAAGCUGUGCAUCUUGGAUGCUACAGUGUAUGUUACAGUGUGA